AUGGCUCAAGAAAAUACAUAUCGAGUUCCCAAGCGGAUCAUUACAGGCCACGAUGCCCGGGGCAAGGCCAUUGUUGAGAAGAUUGACGAGAGCGAGUGGCUCAAAAUCGCCGACGACACGUUCCGCUACAAUGUCAUGUGGUCGACGAGCACCUUUCCCAUUGACAUCAAGCACGACAACUGCUUAGAGAACGAAAAGACGGUCAUGUCGCUCUCGAUCCCUAACGGCACCGUCCUACGCAUGGUCGACCGGGCGCCCGGCUCGUCGUCGGCCAUGCAUCGGACCCAAAGUCUGGACUACGGCGUCGUCAUCGAGGGCGAACAAGAGAUGAUUCUGGACUCAGGCGAGACAGUACUAUUGCAACGAGGGGACGUGUGCAUCCAGCGAGGCACCAUGCACCAAUGGAGGAACCCGGGUCCGGGCUGGAAUAGAAUGUUGUUCGUCUUGAUGGACGCCCUACCCGUCGAGAUUGCAGGAAAGGUCUUCCGGGGCGAGACCGGUUACGAGAAGGUCAAAGAAAUUGGCUCGCGUCUGUGA